AUGGAUCAACAAGAACAACCAACAACGCCUACUCCAGUCCUGGAUGAGGAGAAAUAUCGAACAGAGGUACUCCAGGUAUCCUCGACGGAAGCCGAACAAGCGCGGGCGCAACAGCUUUCCGACGAGGCGCGACAGCUCGGUCUAAAGAUUCCGGAGAUCAACGCUUCAGCGCCGCUGGCCGCCACAAUCGCCAAUGGAAUGAUCGAUCUCUCUUCGCCGGCAUUAUCGUCUGGAUCAUCUACGGAUCGAAACUCGGCUUGCGACGGCUCCAUCACACCCUCGCUUUCGUUAGAACCUGCUUCGCCGUCUCUUUCUCCCUCCCCGCUUGAUCAGGUUAGAUCUUCACUAUCGCAUAUCACGUUUGGUUCUGAACGCGCAAAGCCGGGUAGUACGCGAUCGCUAGCUUCGUGGUCAACUAGACCGACUUCCUUCUGUUCUAGUGAGAGUCGCAAUAUUAAUGCGGGGCUGGGACUUCAGGAUGGACUGGGUGUGAAGGGGAAUCGGAACUCGAUGUUCGUUACACCCCCGGCUGAUAAGAAGGAGAAGGAGAAAGAGAAGCGACGGAGUAGUUUGAAGUCGGCGAUUGGACGGAUCCAUUUCCGCAAAAAGCGAGCUCCUUCGUUCGCUAUGUUACCGCCCAAUGCACGAGUUAGUGUAUCUAGAGGAGAGGAAGGCGACGGGCAGAUCUUUCUAGAGAAGCCGCGAGAGGCGCCGACUAGUCAUGCUGUAUACACCAGUAGUAUUAGUACGACGGAGUCUCUUCCGAAAAUCGAGAUCCCUACCUACGACGAGGAUGCAGUGAAGAGAACGCUGGAGGAUCCUGAACUGGGCGAGAUGCUCAGCCGACACAAGAUGGAGAAGUGUCGACACAUGGCAUUCCAAGAUGCGGCACUCGGUAUACUCCGACGCCGACAUCAAGCAGCGAUCUCUGAAGCACAGUCUGAACACCGGCGCGCGGAGGAUGAAAAACGCGAAAAGAACGAUGUCGAUGCAAUCCGCAUGGAAGAGCGCCAACUUGCAGUAGAAAUGGAUCAACAAAGAGAAUUUGAUCGCGAAAAGAUAAAUUCUCGCACCCGCAUCAAGCACAUGGAAGGCUACUUCCGGAAUGCAAGCCCCCCGCCAUCCCCUGCAGCAACCGCAGAUCCAUCAUCCGACUCCUUAAUCCCAGUACCUGAAUCACCCACCCCAGCGCGUCGGAUCACACGACAACAACUCGAACAACUAGAGCAACAAUACCAUGAUCAUGAAACCAUGGAUGCGCUCCACGAAGCCCGCAUCAAGGUCCUUCGCGAACGACAAGAGAAGAGGCUCCAAGAAGCCAUUGAUCGAAUGGAAACCGAAUUAGACGACGUCUCUGAAAAAAAUAGCAAGGCUAUUGCUGCUUUGCAGGCUGAUCAUCGCAAAGAAGAAAGUUCGCUUAUAGAUGCAUUGGAGAAAAAGAAGACUUUGCUUCGACGCAGAUGGAAUCUUGAAGAAGCCAUCUUACGUCGUCAAUUGGAGGAUAAAAAUGGACAUCUGUAUGGUCCUUUACCUCCUAUUUCGUUCUGCAUUGAGGAGGGACCUGAGCCGGAGAAUCGCAUUUGA